AUGUCUCAAGCUGGUAACGAUGGUUCAUUCGACCCUGUUCCUGAGGCUCAGGCACAGAAGCUUCCCGGAACUGAAAAGGCCAUGAACCCUACAAGCGAGUCGACUAAGCUCGAAGGCAAGAAUGAGUUUCACGAGUAUAGAGCCGCCAACAAGCUCGAGGGUGCCAAAGCUCUCAUCACAGGCGGAGACUCCGGUAUUGGCCGUUCAGUAGCAGUCCUCUUCGCCCGCGAAGGCGCAGAUGUAACAAUCGUCUACCUCCCAGAAGAACAAGAAGACGCCGAGGAGACCAAGCGUAUGGUCGAGAAAGAAGGCCACAAAUGUCUUCUCUUCGCCGGAAAUCUCAUGGACAACGAGACCUGCAAGAAUGCAGUCCAGAAACACGUUGAUGAGUAUGGCAAGAUUGAUGUCUUGGUGAACAAUGCUGGAAAGCAGUUCAUGUGUGAGGAUUUCAAGGACAUUGAUCUGGAUGAUGUGGAGAGUACUUUCCGGAGCAAUAUUCUUCAGAUCUUUGCUAUGACGAAGUAUGCACUUCAUCAUAUGGAAAAGGGUGGCUCGAUCAUCAACUCAACGUCUACCGUUGCGUUCAGAGGUACAGCGCACAUGGUAGACUACGCAUCCACAAAAGGGGCCAUUACUUCAUUCACACAAUCGCUGUCAAAGCAGCUCGUCAAGAAGGGCAUCAGAGUCAAUGCUGUGGCGCCAGGACCAGUGCAUACGCCUCUGCAGCCCGCUUCUCGACCGGCGGAGCAGAUGGAGGGAUUUGGCAAGAAUUCGCAGCUGGGAAGAGUUGGACAGCCGAGUGAGAUCGCGCCGAGUUAUGUUUUCUUGGCUUCGAAGGAUGCGACGUUGUUCCAUGGACAGGUCCUCCACGCUUAUCCGCUAGGCGACUAG